AUGUCUUCGUCUGUGACUAUACGUUUAAGCAUCGUCUUGGUUCUGAUAGCUUCACCGGUCAUGGACGAUCCCACUAUUUUCCGGCUUACGAACUGGAUCAAAAGCACUUCCAAGACAUCGUAA